GAAAAUUGUAAGAUUUUGGUGAUUUAAUUUUUACGUGGACUCUUACUCUUCAUUAAAAUAAAUCGUAACCAAAGUUAGGAUUUUCAUUUGUUGUAUUCUCUCUUGUUGUCUAGCCUUCAUUCAUCAAAUUUUAUUUAGCUUCACCAUCUUUGUUGGCUCAUUCAACAAUACUUUCGAAAAGAUCAUGAAAAUAAAGGUCACAAAUGAAAAUCUUUCCAUUAUCUUCUUUUUGGCAGCUGAAAGUUUUAAUCCAGCCACGAUAACUGAUGUGGAACCUGUUGUUCAUCCAAAGUCUGUAGCACAAAAACUUCGUUUAGUAUCAGUUGUUAAACCAAUUUUCAUUUUUCGUUCAUUGGAUGAGAUUCAACUGAGAAGAGUAAUCGAUGCAAUAAAAGAAACGCCUGUGACUAAAGGUCAAGUAAUUAUAAACCAAGGUGAAGAUGGUGAUUAUUUUUAUGUAAUUGAAAGUGGGAACUAUGACAUAAUCAUAAAUGGGGAUAUAGUAGGAAGUUAUGCUGGAUCGGGUUCUUUUGGGGAACUAGCACUUAUGUAUAACACUCCUCGAGCGGCUACCAUUAUAGCGAAAACGGAUGGUGUACUAUGGUCUUUGGAUCGAACAACGUUCCAACAUAUAGUUUUGCGACAGGCAUUUUUAAAACGUCAACUUUAUGAAAACCUUUUGUCUUCAGUUCCGCUUUUAGGUAGUUUAAGUGCAUACGAACGUACUAAUUUGGCGGAUGCACUUGGAAGUCAUACCUAUGACGAUGGGGCAUGGAUUAUUCAAGAGGGUGAACCGGGAGAAGAAAUGUACUUUAUUGAGGAGGGAUGUGUUGUAAUUUCUACCAAGAAUUCUAAAGGAGAGGAAAUCGUACUCAAACAGCUUCAGAAGAAUGAUUAUUUUGGUGAGUUAGCGUUAAUUUUACAUGAACCGAGGAAGGCAUCAGCUCGUGCUGUUGGUAGAACAAAACUUGCAGUUCUGGAUGUAUCAAGUUUUGAACGACUUAUGGGACCAUGUAUAGAAAUUAUGCAACGUGAAAUGGGACGCUAUCGUACUCAACUACUUGAAACUUUGGGACCAGAUGAUAUACGUAAUAAUCCUUCAUUGGCAAAAUUCGUAGAAUUCGAGCAGUAAUUUCAAAAAGAAAAAAAUAUGUCAACUAUAAUGAAUUGUCUAUUUUCAAUAAUUUCUUUAUAUUAAUCUUUUACGUAAAUGAUCGUAUCCCCAUUGUUUUACUGAUGAAUUUCUGUAUGUUUUAUGGAUAUAAAUAUUUACCGUUUUCAUUAUCUUUUUACAAUGUCUCUAAUGUGAAUAUUCUCACUAUUUACACUUAUAUUCGAUCAACGAAUCUAUUUUAAAAACUGAUGUUUAUUAUUAUUAUUAUCAUCAUAUUGUUGGUAUAUUAAACUACUUACUCAAAAUACUACUCAUAUACUAUUUUCAUACGAAUUCUAUGAAAUACUUUACAAAAUAGUUUGAUUGAUUAUGUUUUUUCCUGAUAAUUUAACAACCUUUAUCGAUUCUUGCACAAUGUAAAUAAUCAACUGAUCUUUGGGGGUAUUUUUCCCUUUAAUUUAGAAUAGAAAAAGUGUGUAAAAAGUAAAACAGGUGACAAAAAUUGAUGAAAAGAAAAAGAAUUUAUCCCUAAACAUAGGAUAUAAUUGAAAAUUUAAAAAAAGUUUAAAAAAUAUUUACUUGUUAAAUUUUAUUUAUUAGAACUUCAUUGCAUUUCACUUAAUACUUUUCUUGUAUACUAACUGAAUUUAUUUAGUACAUUGAAAAAUACAUCAGAUGAAAAUUAUGAUAUUUAUUAAUUAAUUAAUUAUUAUUAUUAUUUAUUUCUGAUUAUAAUUGAUAAUUAUUAGUCAAUAGUCAUCUAGUGAUAUUAUUAUCAACUUUACAAAUCUCUCUUUUCUUUUUUGAGUUGACAUUGUGACAGUUAAAUGAUGGACUAUUGUUUAAUAAUCAAAAAGUGUUUAUGGUACUUAUUUUGACAAUUCAUACUCAUACAAUUAUGAUCCUAAAGUAAACUUUCUCUAAUUUUUUUUUCUACUAACUAUAACUUAUGUUUGAGUAUGUGUGUGUGUGAGUGCACGGUAAUGUUUUUAUCUUAUAUUUAUCUUUUAUUAAACAAUGAACAAUAUUUGCUUUCUAAAGUGUUUUUAGUUUAUUCAUUUUGAAAUGUACAGCUAUAAAUAGAUUUUAUGUAGUUCCAUAUUUUACUGGCUCAAAAUAUUUUAAUUAAACUAAAAGAUGCUAUAUACCUCUUGUGUUAAAGUUAUUUCAUUUAGUUUUUAAAGUAUGAUUAUAAUAUUGUUAGCUGUGUGUUAUUGUUACUAGAAUGCUUUGUGUAAUAAUUAAACAAGUUUAAUUUAUUAUAACUUCAUUGGUUUUUAUUUCUAUCAGACUAUGCAUCAUUAUAAAAGCUUUUUCAUUGUUAAUUUAGAAAAUACCGAAAUGUCUUAAGUGACGUAUUUAGAACUGGUGUUUGGAAAGGUGUAGGUAUUUCAUAUAUAUAGACUAAACAUCCAAUACGAAUAAAUUUUUAAGUUGUUAAUGGUUUUAGUAAUGCAUCUCUGCCAUUCUUUUUGAUUGGAGAUAAAACAUCUGUCUUACAAUCUGUAAGUUUAUUUGAUGAUAACAAUUAUUUGGGCAAUGGUUGAGAACUCUUUUUUCUGAUCAUACUAAUCACCUGUUACAAAUGACCACGUCAGUUUUUGAGCUGAUUCAUAUGGCU